AUGACAAAGAAAGAGAGUUUGAAUGAUGAGGGCAUUGAUGUCCGACUUUGGCUUGCUUCAGUCAUCGCUGUCGUGUCGGUUGGUUUUGGAGUGGGAGCCAUGACUUCUGCGGGUGGCGUCACGACGACAAGUAAUAUCAAUACGAAUACCACACCAGACAUUUCAUCGUCCACGCCUUUUUCAGUGCAUCACAUGAUUUAUGAUAUGAAGAAUGUGGAUAAAGAAUUUCUGAAAUCAGAAGACCGCAUACAAGAAGCGAUAUCCAAGUCCACCAAAGCAUUGGAUUUGGAUUUGAUUAGCAGUGGUUGUCAUCUGUUGGAAGAAACAUCGAGUUAUUCCUGUCUGAUGGUCAUGGAACAAGGACAAGGUGCCAUUCAUUCCUUUCCGGAAAACGGGGUAAUUUCUAUUGACUUGGCCGUGCAUGAUGACAAGAAGUCUCUCAUUGAGGCAGCGGCCAUUAUCAAGGAACACUUUGCGAUUGGUGACGAUGUGACGACUCUUUGGACCAUUGAUCAGCGGGGUGAACCCGAAUCACGAAAGAACCAAAAUACGUUGACAAUGUCGUCUGCAGUAUACACUGAGAAGAAUCAUGUUUUUAGCACCAAAACAGAUUAUCACCAGGUGGAUAUUUGGCAAACCAAGAGUGCGGAUGGAAGAGUCACCUAUGAAAAUACUCUCAAGCACAAUUUGCAGCCUGGCGAUCCACGAUGGACGACCAAUGAACUAUCUCCACACGACUUUGAUGUAUUCGUCAAUGGACUUUACAUCGCCUCCUCGGAUCGGGAGGAAGCAUUGGAUGCCGAGUUGGACGUUCACCCUGUCAUGUUUGCUCAUCCCAAUCCAAAACGAGUGGCCUUUUCCUCUUCCUUGGGAGAUGAAGGUUUGGGUCUUCAGCAAAUUCUCAGGCAUGACAUUGAAUCUGUGACUGUUUUUCAACCAGAUGAGGACCUCGUGAACAUUAUCAAGACUCAUGUUCCCAAUGCAUAUGAUUGUUCGAAGAUUGAUGGUAUUGCAGAUGACUGUCUAAGUGAUGAACUAGUCCACUGGAUAAAGAAAGGUGGCAGGGAUUGGUUUCCAGUGCACUAUGGUGAAAGUAAGUCGGAAUCUACUGAUGCAGCGUUUGAUGUCGUGCUGGCGGAUGCAUUUACACCCGAACGGGCAGAUUCGCUGUCGGCUUUGGCCGCAUUCAUUAUAAAAUCACUGUCCAGUGAUGGCGUUCUUGGUGUAAACCUUGGAAUCGCACCUACCAUUCUUCAUCCGAGACUAUCCUUUGGAUACUUUAAGAAUCACGACAAGCUGAUGCAAGUGUUGGAGGCCCUACCUGACGUCGAAGCAGUCAUUGUGUACGAUGAUGAUUUCUCUCUGAAUGACGAAGGUGCCGAAGUCGCGCCCAAUGUGUGGUUGUUGGCUUGCAAGAAUGCCAAUUGUCGAGACAACUUUUAUGCUAGCCCGGACGUUGUGGAUUCCAAGAUUGCGGCGCGGAUCGUACGAGCAAAGGACGGUAAAAUGGUGCCCCAAUACUUUGACGGUGCCGUGAACCAUGGUUUGCAGGCGGCACCGAAAGCGUUCGAAACAAUCUACUGCCGGCGAGACCCCGUCCCAUUUGAAUGCCAAUACCGAAACUUGGACUUUUCUCGAGAAAUAUUCGACUACAACGAAAACGAAGAAGAAAGUGCCUUUUCGAUCCAAGUGGACGAUUCCAAUCCAGAUUCGGUUCAGUCGAGCGUGGUUGCGAGGGUGGCUAUCCCAGCGGGCUCGUACAUUAUGGCCAGCGAUGUAUCCAAAUCUUUGGUUAUUGACCCAAGCGUGCUCGAAGAGGUGAAUGGUUUGGGUGAACCAUCCUGCACUGCUAAAGGAUCAAUAGUUGAGAUUGGACCGUCCAGAUUGAUUCGAUCAGCCCCAUCAGAAGAGGAAGCCAAUGUUGGACAAUGGGUCCCCUCACAUCCUGAUGGAAAGCGACCAAAAUAUUCGCCUGUCUAUGAUAACCAUGGUCAUUCAUUUGCUGUUUUCCUAGUGGCAACAAAGGAUAUUCAGCAGGGAGAGGAACUAGUCAGAUAUUCUAAUACAUAG